AUGCAUGGAGCUGAAGUCGACGGUACUAGACCGUGUUGGCGCGCUUGGUGGACAUUUACUGGAUCUUCGUACCCAUAACAUUGUACCACGAAAACGCAUUAAGGCUUGGGGGGGCCUGGGAUUGACGUGUUUGAUCGGUAAAGAAUCUUACUAUCUUAUCUCAGGUAUGCAAUACGAUGGCCGAGGGGCCGAGCCGCCACUCUGGAGUUUCCGAUUUUUUCCGACAGUAAACUCGUGGAAGAUCCGUGGAGUCCAGUACUAUUCGUCCCCGUAAUUUUGGUGAAUUUGUUCCGCGUGCAAUUUUAACUAAACAUUUUCAAGCCGUAAUUUUGAUGUCUAGGUGAAAACCUACGGCGGACGUGUCCGCGUUUAGCGCGACUUUCCCGAGGGAAGUAGUAAAUUGCGCACGAUGUCACUGGUAGUGUCGAAACCAUGCCGCGAAAACGAGCAAUCCAAACAGGGCCAGCUAGAAGACUGGAAAAUGCCUUUGGCUUUCAACAGGCUGAGACAUACAGUUACCAUCGAGGGUAUUACCAAGCUUCCGCAGACCUGGAGAAUGAAAGAAAGGAUGAAAACUGUGAGCGUCGCCUUGGUGCUAUGUCUAAAUGUGGGUGUCGAUCCUCCGGACAUUGUCAAGACCCAACCCUGUGCUCGACUCGAGUGCUGGAUCGAUCCACUGUCUAUGAGUCCUCAAAAAGCUUUGGAAAUGAUCGGUUCGAAUUUACAAAAGCAGUACGAACGAUGGCAGCCUCGUGCAAGAUACAAACAAAGUCUUGACCCGACUGUAGAAGAGGUCAAGAAAUUAUGCACCUCUUUACGUCGAAACGCAAAAGAGGAGAGAGUUCUUUUUCAUUACAACGGCCAUGGAGUUCCAAAACCUACUAGUAAUGGCGAAAUUUGGGUAUUUAACAGGACAUAUACUCAAUACAUUCCACUGUCAGUAUACGAUCUACAAACAUGGAUGGGAGCCCCAAGCAUUUAUGUUUACGAUUGCUCAAACGCAGGAAUCAUAGUUGAGUCUUUCAAACAGUUCGCUGAUCAACAUGAAAAAGAAUUUGAGAUGGAAAAACAGGCUGUACAGCAUAAUCGUGGUACAAGUACACCCAACGUCACAGCUCCUGUUUACAAAAACUGCAUACAGUUAGCUGCUUGUGCAGCUAACCAAAUUUUACCUAUGAAUCCUGACUUACCAGCAGAUAUAUUUACUGCUUGCCUUACCACGCCAAUCAAGAUCGCAUUGCGUUGGUUUGUGACGCAAAAUACUUCGAAACUAGUACCGAAAAUUUCUCUGGAUCUUAUCGAGAAAAUUCCUGGCCAACUCACCGAUAGAAGAACGAUGCUUGGUGAAUUGAACUGGAUUUUCACAGCUAUUACAGAUACAAUAGCUUGGAAUACUUUGCCACGAGAAUUAUUCCAGAGGUUGUUUAGGCAAGAUUUAUUAGUCGCUAGCUUAUUUAGGAAUUUUCUAUUAGCGGAAAGAAUUUUGCGGUCAUAUGAUUGCACUCCAGUCUCUUGUCCGAAAUUGCCUCCCACCUUCCAGCACCCUAUGUGGCAAGCAUGGGACUUAGCACUUGACCUCUGCUUGACACAGCUUCCUGCAAUUCUACAGUCGGAAGAGUCAUUUGUGCACUCUCCCUUUUUUGAAGAGCAGCUAACUGCGUUUCAAGUAUGGCUUACUUUGGGAUCCAAACAUCGAAAUCCACCUGAGCAACUUCCAAUAGUGUUACAAGUUCUGCUUAGUCAAGUUCAUAGACUUCGAGCUCUUGAAUUACUAGGAAGGUUUCUCGACCUUGGCCCCUGGGCUGUUAAUCUCGCCUUAAGUGUCGGCAUAUUUCCUUAUGUGCUGAAACUAUUGCAGAGUAAUGCCCGGGAGCUGAGACCCCUUUUAGUAUUUAUAUGGGCGAAAAUACUUGCCGUUGACAAUACUUGCCAAGCAGAUUUAGUACGUGAUAACGGUCAUAAGUACUUUCUGUCUGUUCUUCAAGACACCACAGUGCCUAGCGAGCAUAGAACCUUGGCAGCUUUUGUACUUGCCUGCAUCGUGAAUAAUUACCAGCAAGGCCAGGAAUCCGCUUUACAGGGCAGUUUAGUGUCCAUUUGUUUAGAACAAUUAGGCGAUCAGAAUCCUUUACUUCGACAGUGGCUAGCUUUAUGCCUUGGUAGGCUUUGGCACAAUUACGAUAAAGCCAGAUGGUGUGGAGUUCGAGACAUCGCACACGAAAAACUUUAUAGUUUACUCCAGGAUUCGGUUCCGGAGGUUCGAGCUGCGAGUGUUUAUGCCUUAGGAACUUUCAUCAACAGCGUAACCAAAAGAAGUGAACACGCUAACAACAUCGACCAAAUCAUCGCGAUGACACUAAUUAAUACCGUAACUUAUGACAUGUGCCCUCUAGUCAGAAAAGAAUUAGUAGUUGCCCUACAAUGGAUGGUGUUGCAUUUUGAAAACUCUUUCGUCACCCUCGCCGUCGCCGAGGAAAACAGUCGAAGAGAUCUUGUCGUAGAGACAUUCUCGCCAUUUAGUGGAAUGAGGAGGAUUAAUUCGAGAGACAGGUUGAAAAGCGUAGUUUCGCCUAAUGGUGCAUCCAUAGACUCGCCUGAUGGGUUCACUCAGGAUCGAAUCAAAAGAGUUUCUUCAGUAUCGUCUAUUAGCAGUUUGGCAGGAAAUAACUGGGAAUUCGUGAGAAAACCUUGCGAAUCGAUCGGUCACAGUUCGCUUGGGAGCUUACCAAGUGUGUCUUAUGGAAGUGUCUUUAUGAAAUUCUGGCACGGAUUAUGUGGACUCGAUAACGAUCCACAUCCGGCUGUGGCUGCCAUGUCACAGAAAGUGACGAAUUACAUUCGCAAUCAGGUAAAAGAGUCAUCCGGUCCGAAGGAGAUGAUGGAAGCUAAGAUAUCAUCUUCUUUAUCUCUCCCGCCAUCGCCUUCGAAUCGCACGAAUUAUUUCAAUAAUAGCAAAGGAGAAUCACCGCCGAAUAUUAAUUCAGCAACAGAUCUUCCUCGUUCGCGUAUUCCGCCUCAUGUUAAUCGUUCCAGAAAACCCAUACCAAAUACGAUAUCGGAAGAAACAGAUGAAACUCCAGUAACGAAAAAUCCGCUAAUAACCUCACAGUUUGUAGAGUGGAGUUGUUCACAAUUUGCUCAACCCGUAAACUUCGAGAAUGAAGCAGAAUCUACGAAUGAUGUUGAAAGCAGAGCCCAUCACGAACGAGAGUGGCGGUAUUUACGAAACAGCAGGCAGCGACAUGAAGCAAAAGAGGACUUCACGAAAAUUGCCCAUGGGAGACUCGAGUCUCAAGUCUUUCAUGUACGGAGUAUGCACCCUCCAGACAUUUUGGCCUUUCAUCCUUUUGAUCAUCAUUUGGCAGUAGCAUACAAAGAUCACUUUGGAGUGUGGGAUUGGCAAACAGGAGCAAAACUCGUCGAUCAUUCGAGUAAAGGGAGCAGAAUGUCACGUGUGACAGCAUUGCAAUUCAUCAAUUCUCACGACGUGGCUCUUCUGAUGGCGGGUUCAGACGAUGGUUCUGUUAGAAUAUGGAAGAACUAUUAUAACUAUAAUAUGUUGGGGCGUGAGCCAACUCUUCUCACGGCAUGGCAAGCAUUAGCUGAUGCACAGCCGGUUUCCAAAGGACCUGCAGCCUCUAUAGGCCUUAUCACCAGUUGGGAACAGCGAUCAUUGACCUUAGCUGUUACGGGGGAUGUAAAAAUUAUAAGGUUGUGGGAUGCUGAAACGGAAUUGAAAAAGCAGGACAUUGCGACGGGUGCAGAUUCUUGUGUUACAUGUAUAGAUACAGACGGUACAGGAGCAAUGAUGGCCAUCGGGUGCGGAGACGGUUCCGUACGACUCUUCGACCGAAGACUGCCGUCUCCAGACGCUAAAGUUAUAACAUGGAGAGAACACAACGCUUGGGUAUUGGGAGCAUUUCUGAGAAAAAGCAAAGGAGGUUCCACGUCGCUCAUCACAGGAUCUAACACCGGUGACAUCAGAUUCUUUGAUUUUAGAAAAAACUCAUCAGUCCAAACGCUGCAGAUAUCGCAAAGUAUCACUGCCUUUGCUGUACAUGAUGCCGCCGAUAUAUUUGCAAGUGGUUCGACAAAUCAGUGCAUCAACGUAUACAACAUCUGUGGUCAGACUUUAAAUUCCAUUAGAUUUCAUGCCGGCCUAAUGGGCCCUCGCAUUGGUUCUGUGAAUUGUUUAAGCUUUCAUCCUCAUCGGGUUGUAUUGGCUGCGGGUUGCCUCGACAGUUCCAUAACCGCAUAUGCCUGUGAACCUCGCAGAUGACUAUCGGAGAUAGAACUUAUAUAGAAUUAUGCAAUUCGCUAGUAUACCCGUUUAUCUUCGCAGGUAUCGACGCAGCUCUUAUCUUUAGGAUUUCGAUAAACUGAUUAAGCCAUUCCUUCUUAUUUUGAUUAAAACUGUUAUUAUACUUUUUUUUAUCUAAACCCACGAAUGCAUAAGUUUGGCCACUAAUAAUCAUGUACUUUCUUGAGAUUUUUAUGGUAUUUUUUUAUAUGCUUGUUUGUAUCAAGAUCUGAGUCGUGUUGCGAAGAAAAAUCGGUCGCUGAACAGAGCUUCAAAGCUUUUCUAAUCCGCGUCAAUCAAAUAACGAUCCGAAGUCAUUUUCUGGGUCGAUGUGAUAUUUUAAAAAGCACUAUACUGUUGAAUGAUUAUGGAAAGAAAUUUGCCCUUUACGUUGUAAAGGUAUGCGUACUGAAUGCGUAUUUGUCUAUAUAUCCAUGUGGGAGUGCACGAUGUAAACUAUAAUCGAUUAAAUUGUACAUAAGAGCAAAUGCGUUGAAAAAAAUGUAUUGUUACGGUGAGGAUAAACUUCAGCGCUACGAUCUUACAAAUAAAUGACGUCAGCGCAUAAACUAUGAGUGCUUCACUCGAAUUUCAAUAAGGAGAACAAAUUUAUUUGUAAUUCGAAACAUGUGAAAUCUAAACUAUAGUAUUAAUCGGAUUCAUAGUCAAUGUACUUGAAAAUUUAAAUGUUUUCAUAUUUGAAAACUAAAAAAAAUGUAAAAAGCCUUUUACAUUUGUGCGCUUUCAAUGUUAAACAUUGGAAAGUUAAAAUAGUUUCGAGUUUAAACGCCUUUGUAUUCAAAGCAUAUUAAAAAUGGAAUAUUUAUCAAUUUGUACGAAUUUUCGACUUUAUUUAUAUUAUAUUUCUAUUUAAAAUGACCCAACCUCAGAAGAAAACUGUGUUUAAAUUGAUUAACGCUUCAGUUUUCUUUGUAAUUUUGAAGCACUUUUAAUCAGGCUAAGAUUUCACUUUUAAGUUAAUAACUGAAUCAUAAAAGCCGAUCCGAAAUUCGAAUUGGAAUGCUUUCGGCGUAAUUAUUUUCUUGCGACAAUUACAAGUUCUGUGAUAUUUAAUGAUUUAAAUUAUACAUAUUGAAUACAAUAUACUUGUGUAAUUUUUCUAAAUGUUGUUUUGCAAAGAUAAAGCUGAAAGCACGCCAAUGUCGUAGAGUGGCAGUCGAAAUUGCACUCGGACUUCAUUUGCUUAAGAUGUUUCGUACACUCGUAUAAUGUGUAAAUGCAUAAAUAUAUUGUAGAUAGAAGAGUGAAGUACAUAUUUAAAUUAAUGAAACCAUAUAAUAUGUAUUUUUUGGCGAAUACUAAAUAGAAAAAACUUGGAUUUUGGUCGGUCAGGUAUAGCGUAAGACGUAAGAAGCACUUUCAGCAAAGUGUAUUUCUGUGUAAAGCGUUAGUUAUUCAUAAUUCAACGAUACACAAUCCAUACUGGAUAUCUGUAGACUCUGUAUAGGGACACGGUAAACCAGUGUAUGCUGUACCGUCUUUGUACAUAAUUGCCUAAAAAUAAUAAAUAUCAGUACAAACAUGUUACAUAUUUGAAUACUGAUUUCU